GCAGUGAUGAACUAGCUGCCAACUGACCCCUGCAUGGCUGACGAUGCUUCAAGGUAUCCUGCUUUUCUCGUUGAACUGAUUUCCACCUUGACACUUUCUUUCUCUCUCAACCAGCAGUUUAACAGGAAAACGGAGCUUCUGUCCUACUUGCUCCUUUGUGUUUCCAAAAUGCCGUUCAUUCCACAACUUUCGAUCACACAACCUGUGUCAGGGCUAACUGGAAAGGAGAGACCUGAAAAUGCAUCAUCUAAAAGCAGCGGACCAAGGAAGAAAGUUGCAAGAGAAGGCAAAGCAAACUCAGUCAAGGAGAGACUGGCGUUAAAUUUAAAGCAACUGGGGAGAAGGAGCCAGCCAAGCAGUCAUCUAACCUCAGCCAGAAGAGUUUCUUUAGGGGAGCUGCAGACAAACAAAAGAGAACGAUUGCUGCAGUUGUCUCAAACUGACAGCCCCCGUUCCUCAAGCUCUGGGGAGCACAAACAAGUCAGCCACAACUCCAAAAAUAAUGAAUCUGUGGCAAAGACUAGAUCUAGAAAUAAAGAGGAGAUGCAUUUUACACUAACGCUCACACCUGAAGCUGUUCUGCUGCUGCAGCGGAGAAACAGUGAGAAACACCAGCGAUCAUCUGCCAGAAAUGCUGUAGGUGGACUCAGCACAUCUGGAUGCACCACUGACUCUAGAAGAAGAAGGCAUCAGUCAAUACCUCGUAGGAACAGCAGAGCUGCUGGUAAAAACAAUCCAGAUGCUCCACUGGGAGACAUAAGUUCAAUUAUAAAAAUCUCCCUCUUGAAUGAGAAACACAAGUACGAUGAUGUGGAGUAUGAAGAUGAGGAGGACGCUGGUGUGGAUGAGCGAGUGCUCCUGAAAUGCACCGAAUGGCUGCGUGGACUGGAGAGCACAGGUGUGAUGGUGGGGAAGAGCCAGAGUAGGACUGUGAGCAGUUUGGAUAGUUUUUAA